AAUAGCGCAUUGAUCUCUUCAACGAGCUCUCAAUUGCACAAAACAUACAAGUACCUACGAAAACAAGUACAUACAAGCCAAGUAUUAGGGUGUGCCUAUAUAUCGACAAAGGACAAUCGAAAAUACUUAAAAUUAAAAUUCCAGUUUGAAUAUACAGUGAAAUUCCCCAAGACGGACAGUCCUUAUAACCGGACAGCUCCAAUAACCGGACAAAUUUUGUGUACACAGGUUUUUCAAUCAUUUUUUCAUACAAAUAUCAUUCUAAUAAACGGACGCUAUAAUAACCGGACGCGGACACUGUAUUUCAAGCCAUUUCCAUGAAAAAAUUUCUCAUAAACGGACAAAAUUCAAAAACAUCGCAAGCAAGCUUUGUUGUUCAUUAUAAAAAUGAAAUAGGGGAUUCCCCUUUUAACAUGUAUGCACACAUUCAAGCCGUGCGUGUCAAGUAAAAGGUAGUUUUCUAUUCAGUUUGUCAAGUAAGUUGCAUGCGAGUGGUUGCGUUCAAAGUUCGUAAUAAUAUGGCACCGAAAAAGAAGCUACUUUCUAUUAAAGAGAAAAUGCAAAUUAUUAAUGUUUUCGAAAAAGAAAAGUUAUCAGUACGUGGAAUUGCAAAAAGGUUCAAUAUUGGCAAAACGCAGGCUGCUGAAAUUAAUUAAAAUAAAAAAGCAAUUCAUUCUAAAUGGGAGUCUGGAUCUAAUAUUCACCAAAAGCGAAGUUUCCUUAAAGAAGGCGGCUCGGAAAUAGACAGGAUGUGUUUUCAUUGGUUCGCUAAGGCUAGAAGUCAAAAAAUUCCGAUUUCUGGUCCCAUUUUGAAAGCAAAGGCAAUGGAAAUUGCAGGAAAACUGGGUGUACCUAAUUUUAAAGCUUCGGAUGGAUGGCUAGAUAAAUGGCGAUUAAGGAAUAAUGUUUCCUUCAAAUGCAUAUCUGGUGAAGCUGCAGAUGUGAAUCAGGAUGAUGUCGAACAGUUUCAGACAAAGCUGCAAACUCUGUUGAAUGGGUACAAGCCUGAAGACAUUUACAACGCCGAUGAGAGUGGGCUUUUCUUUCGUGCCUUACCGGACAAAACCCUCGCUUUUAAAUCUGAAAAAUGUAUGGGAGGUAAGCUAUCAAAGGAAAGACUCACAAUUUUGUUCUGUGCUAAUAUGGCUGGAGAUAAGGAGCCGCUUUUGGUUAUAGGGAAAGCAGCCCGUCCUCGAUCCUUUAAACAUGUUCCAAUUGCAAAACUUCCAGUGGAUUGGAAGUCUAAUAAAAAAGCAUGGAUGACUCGAGAAGUGAUGAGCGAAUGGCUGCAGCAGUUCAAUCGAAGAAUGAAAGCCCAGAAUCGAAAAAUUAUCUUGUUUCUAGAUAACGCGGCUUCUCAUCCAAACGAAUUAGACUUGACCAACAUAAAAAUUUGUUUCUUGCCACCAAAUACAACGUCAAAAUUUUAAAACUUUGUAUAGAAGCUUAGUUUUAAAACACCUGAUAACUAAAAUUGGCGAUACAAGUUCUGCCUCAGAGCUCUCAAAAUCGAUUAAUGUACUGGAAGCUGUGUAUUUUAUCAAAGCAUCUUGGGAUAAAGUGGAAGCCACAACAAUCCGAAACUGCUUCCGUAAAGCAGGAUUUUUGGAAACCUUAGAGCAUCCUUCAGAUUUUGAUCCCGAAGAAACACAUUCCACUGGUAGUCUAUGCUAGGCUUCAGGAAGGACUAGAUUUGGCAAAUGAUUUCGAAGGUUUUCUCCAAAUAGAUCAAAAUGUUUUCACUGAGGACAACAAUAUAGAAAUUCAAUUUGACCACCAACCAGAUGAUACUAUGGACUUAAGUGAUUCAGAAGAUGAACCUUCAGAUGAAAUAAGUGACCCCAUAACAUCAUAUGAUGAGGCUUUAAAACUUGUUGCGCGCUUGAAAAAAUUUGCAAAAAAUGAUUAUGUAGUUUUUCAGCAGGUUAAAAAUAUCGAGAGUCACUUUGAAAAUUAAAAUUUCAAAUCAAAGCAAUCAAUGUUAAAACAAACAAGCAUCACACAAUUUUUUUUAUCAAACUGGUCGAUAUUGAAAUGUAAAGACUUCUACAAUGUAUUUAAUUGAUAUAUUUAUGUAUGUAUGUAUAUGUAAUACUAAAGUAUUUAAAUAUUCUUUACUUUGAAAAUUUCUUAAAUAAACUACUACUACUCCCCACAGUAGAGUAGAGCUGCCACAAGUAGACAAUCAAGAGGCAAGUUCAGGCAUCCAACUCGAGGUGCCUGUAUGUGAUACAGAAACCUUUUACGGAGGUUAUGAAGAAUGGCCGUCCUUCCGGGACAUGUUCACAGCCGUUUACAUCAACCAUCCACAACUAUCAAAGGCACAAAAACUGUAUCACCUCCGAUACAAAACAAAAGGUCAAGCAGGCGAAAUAGUUAAACAGUUCGCAUUAAAUGACGACAAUUUCAAUUUGGCUUGGGAAGCUCUAAAAGCUAGAUUUGAAAAUGACAGAAUACUGGUCGAUAAGCAAGUAACGACACUAUUAAACUUGCCUAAAAUCAAGAAAGAAACAAGUGAAGAAUUUGUAAGACUACAAUCGACUGUUUCAAAUUGUUUGUCGGUUCUAUCGACACUAAAUAUUCCCACAGACAGCUGUGACCCAAUUCUGGUAAACAUUUGCACCGCCGCAUUACCAGAAAAGUCGUUACUUCUAUGGGAGCAAUCGCUCUCAUCACGAAAAAAGUGCCCAACGUGGCAACAAAUGAAAGAUUUUCUCACCACCCAAUAUGAAAUUGCGGAAAGGUUAGAAGAAAAAAUAUUCAAGACUAAGAUUAUUAAACACGACCAAAAUGGAAGCUUACAUAGACCCCAAGCUAGAAGCAAAAAUAAAUCAAACAUAAUUUUUAACAAAAUACAAACGUUCACAUCCGAACAAAGAAUACGUACGUCAUGCGAACUAUGCACAAGAAGGCAUAAACUUAAAUCUUGCGAGAAAUUUAAAAAAUUAAAUAUCAUUGAACGAAAUAAUUUUGUCAGGUCAAAAAGACUUUGCACAAAUUGUCUGUCAUAUGCGCAUACAUAUAAAAAUUGCAAAAGCAAAUUUAAUUGCUUACAUUGUCACAAAAGAAACCAUUCAAUGCUUCAUUACAGCAGAUAUUCUAACUCACUCCAAAAAAGCGCUUACACAAAAAGAACCACGCGUUUAACAAAAGCAAAUCCCGAAAUCCACAAUUCUAAAAAUUGCCAAGGCACACCAUGUUGCCCAAAGGCACAAAAAGUUCAAACGCUCCACAGUGAAACACAAAGUGGACUAGUUGCCGAACUAGUCACCACCAUACCAACUCAAGUUGAGUAUAAUGAAAACAAAUACCUUAAUUCACAAUUAAGUGAACUGCAAACGUUAAGAAAACUUCCAAUAACAAACAAAACUAUAAACGAUCAGUAUUGUGAGCACUUCUCUAAAGCCACAACUACUCGAUCAAAUAAUGGCCGCUACGUCGUACGACUACCACUAGAGCCACAAUAUUCCAAUACCUCACAUAUUGGUAGAAAAAACAAAGUAAGAUUUCGAUCUAACAAUAUUAAAAACUCAAGGACAUACUACUUUUCGGCCCCGCAGGAUGGCUUUCACCAAUAAUGGAAAAACAAAAAAAAAAAUCUGAACAAAUCCUAGAGCGGUGGCGCACUACUACUUGUAAAAUUAGUGCAUACGCACUUAAAUAUUAUCUACAAUAAAAUUUUCCAAAAAGUUGAAGAAUCUGCUGUACAUCUUGAACAUCCCACUUCAAAAAUUAUAAUUAUAAUGAAGCCGUUCGCAAUUACCGGCCACUCUCCCGCAAGAUCCCUCUUUUGUCACAGUCCUAACAUCAGGGCUAAGGAGUAUCCAUUCUGGCCAUAUCUGGCCAGGCCUGGAGUUACUAUCAUAAAUUAAAUAUCAUACAAAAAUUGCAACAAUUGCCAAUAACAUAAAAAAACCAAACAAUAAAUAAUCCGCAUAAUAAAUCGAUAAGUCGUCAAUAAAGUCAAAUAAACCCGCAAAAUAAAGUUGCUUCUCUUAAGCAUCUAUUUGCAUUUUAAAAUUCAUAUUCAAAUAUGUAUGUACAUGUGAUAUAUUUUAAACUAAAAGCUGUUUUCUGCACACCCGAAUAAGUGUGAGUAUAUUACAACUGCAUCAUCAAAUACUUCUGUUGUCAGAAUGUAUUCCGCGCCUCGGCUACUCCACCAGCAGUAUGCCAAAAUACAGACAACCACAUAUUCGUGGAAAACUAGGCAAAAUAUUCGCCUAGGGGGCCCACGAUGUUUAAAUGAGUUAAGCAUCCACCCCCUCUACACGGUAAAACUGGCGCAUCCUAAUGCGACAGCUUAAUUCACCACAGCUGAUGACACCAACACAACUCAGCAUACCUAUACACUCACUCAACGAAAAGACUGGACAAGGAGAAAGCAGACACAAUCGUUCACACUAUCGGCACAGCAACUUUCGUUUUUUGAUCAAUUCGUUCGACACACUGCGCACAUAGAUUCGCUCGUCAACAGCUCGACCCUCAACACAUUCGCUUAGAAACUACGCUGUGUCGACACCUUUGAACUCAAUGUUUACACAAUUCAAUAUUAACUUCGUUUUUCCUACCAGUUCCUGCGAGCAUCAAUCCAACAACCAACUGUGUUUAAUCACCACUUUUCCGAAUCUAUUUAAGUACUAUUAAGCCUUUUAUUGUAUUUUAAAUAAACAUAUCAAAGAUUAAAAUAAUUGUGUACGAAAUUAACCGCGUAUUUUCAUUUUGAAUUCUUAAUCGCGGGUGUUAGUGAGCUGGAAUACCCUAACAAAUUGAGGGGUUUAAACAGCUGGGAUGCCA